AAUCGGGCCCACUCUGAUUUCUCAGCCAACACGAUUACUCCGCCACCGUUUCAUGUUUUAACCUUGGAUUCCCUUCCUUCCCUUUUCCCGUGCCUUUCUUUUAUUUUUCCUUAAUAUCCCAUGUUUUUGCUUGUGUUUAAAUAACGGGGGGAGAGGCAGCAUGGUAGACCGACCUUGAACGGGGCUGGACUGAUGUUGCAGCUGUCAUAGACUGAUUGUCAGCGUGUCUUGGCGUGUUCUGCGAUCUUUGCAGUUUGAUCUAUCGUGUGUUCAUGUUGUCUGCAGUUUCAGCGAGGGUUUAUUGCGUCUGCCAUUGUGCCAGCUGCUUGUUUAACCAGCCAUUCCCCCGCUGAUUACGAGCGCCUAAUUAAGGAACAUCGCCAGGAAAAAAUGCCACACUGAUCUACAUUCCUUCACCCUUGACGUCAUCCGCCAACUGCCGACCGAGCGAAGUUUCCAUCGGAAUUCACAACUAAAUUGAAGGUUGACCGCCGUAGCCUCCGACGAUGACCUCGGUGGAAUCGCCGCAGUCGCUGUCCUUAUCGGAGCCCCGCAGUGGCGACGGGAGCGGCCUGAAGACCUCUCCGCCGCGCUUCGAAGCCUACAUCAUGACGGGCAACGUGAUGCUGUCCAAGACCAACGUGGCGCAGGCACCUCCGCCCGGGAAGAAAUCCAAGGGCGCGGGCGGCGGCGGACGGAUCUAUGGCAGCAACAACGUGGUGCUGCGCUCGCCGGUACAGGCGCGCCGAUCGCCCGGCGGCGGCGACAAGGAGAACGAGGAGGACGGAGAGAUGAAGGGCGAGUACGUGCAGAACGUGUUCGAGUGCUCGGGGCAGGAUGUGCACGGGUUCACGCUCAACACCGUGGUGUGCGAGAAGGACGGGGCGUCACCGGAGGUCGCCGUGGAAAGUGCCGUUCUGGAUGGAGUGGACGUGCGGGACAGCGCCAGUAGCGCCACUCCCCCGCCCCCGACACCCCCGCAGACCUUAUCCAGCAGUCCCGAGGCCCUGAUCCGCGUCCCCACGCCCUCGCAACGCGCCGUGACCCCCGAGUCGUUGGACGACCGCCCCGUGUGGACGAUCAACGCUCCCGUGGCCAAGGGCGCCGUGGUGACCAGCAUUCCGGCGUCGCCGCGCCGUCUCGGACGGGGAUACCGGGAGAUUUUGAAGGAGGAGACGAUUAUUACUGAUACGACCAUCUCCGAAGUGACCGACACGCAGAUCCAGAGUACGUUUAUUCAGCCGUCGCCCCGGACGCCGCGGCACGGCGGGGAGCGGAGGCUGGUGGAACGGACCAUUGAUAUUGACGUGGUCGACAGUCCACCCAUCGCGGAGCCAGCCCCCGCGGCGGAUGAUAAUAUUCCCGUCGAAACCAACGACGAGUUUGUCGACGAAUCAGUGCAGAUUGAGGUUCCGGUGGACGCCGACGACGUGCAGCUGCAGCCGAGCAUGAUGCAGUCGGAAGAUGUCCCGCCCGCGGUGGACGCGCAGGGCAACUUCGUCCACCCGGAGUCGGCGCGGGCCUGCAUGGAGGUGUUCCCGCUGGACGGGAUGGGCAUUGACCAGGCGCUGCGCGUCUUCCUGUCCCAGGUCAAACUCACCGGCGAGACGCAGGCCCGUCAGCGCGUGGUGGAUCUCUUCGCCAUGCGCUACGUGGAGUGCAAUCCGGAGGCAGUGUAUAAUCGAGACUCGGCGAACGCGGUGGUGAGCGGGAUGCUGAUCCUCAACAGCGACCUGCACAGCGAGCACCGGCCGGCGCAGUCCAUGAACUGCAGCCGCUUCCUGGCCAACAUCCGCCAGCUACCGGUCUGUCGCGAUGUCCCCGACGACGAACUGCAACGACUGUACUAUGCUAUGAAAACCAGCCGCUGCCUCUGCCGCCCGGCACCCAUUUCCAGGCACCCGCGAAAUGGGCACACAGCGGCGGAAGCGGCGCCGGUGAUCGCCUACGAAGGCCUCCUGUACCGGAAGUCCUGCUACGAGCCCGGCGGGAAGGCCACGCGCUUCGGGAAACGGGGCUGGAGCAAAUUCUACGUUGUCAUCAAUGAUCUGUCGCUGGAAUUCUUCAAGAAGCAGGGCGCCGAAUCGCCGGUCCUCCGCGUUCCCCUGCACCACGGGUACGCCCUCCCCGCCACGGACUACCGGAAGCGGCGCAACGUGCUGCGGCUGUACGGCGUGGACCAGUCGGUGUGUCUGCUGCAGGCGGCCAACGAGCCGGAGCUGCAGCGCUGGCUGGACGCCGUCAACCGCACCGCCGCCGUCUUCUCCGCCCCCGUGGCCCUCCCCGUCGGCUCGCAGACCCUGGCGCACCACACACGCCGCAUGAGCACCAUGCGCCCACUCUAUCCCACCGGCAAGAGCCUCCUCUCUGUUGAUGAGCAGAUUGAGGAGCUGCGGAAGUGUGAUGAGCGGCUGCUGCGCGAAGUGGAGGCGCUGAAUGUGCGCCAGCCGGAGAGCAGCUCCGAGGCCAUCGCCAUGUCCGAACAGCUCACCCACUACCAGCGCGAGCUGCAGCGGAACAAAAUCUACCAAGAUAUCCUGUUGAGUAUGACGUGAAUCGACGGAUGUUUCUUUCAGUUUCGGUGUCUGCUUGCCGGAAACAAAGUGCAUACUGUACAACUCCUCUCAUAUAGUCGGGCGUCUUCCCAGUCAUGUUUUUUCUUCUUGGCUCUCACUUCCGGAAUCAUUAUUUUUUCAGCGUUUCUUUUUUUUUGUAUUGUUUUGGAUUAUUUUGCGUUAUUUUUGAGGAUGUGUGCCAAUUGUCGGUAUCUUGUCGUUAUGUUUGUGAUUGGAAUGGCAGAAGAAGGGCGGAGAAAUGAGGUUUUUUGUUUUUAUCUCUUUAUCGAUGAAGCUUUUCCCUUAUUUUUUCUGUUGCUGCGCGUUACGGUGGUUAGUUUGUUGGUGUGAUUGUGCUGCUGUAGUCAGAAUGGAAAUAGAAUGCAACGGCGCGUGCGCUUGUUUUUUUGAUUGCUCAGAUGUGCUUUUUUUUGGCUGGCAAAAACGAUACACUGUUCCUUUUAUUAUUAUGUCAAUUAUGAUUAUGUCAAUAUUGAAAAGUGCAUUCGUUGAGGAUAAGGAAAGCAAAUGAAUGAACACGUAUUUCGUUGA